AUGCUCGCCGCGCUGGCGGGGCCGCUGCUCGCCGCCCUCCUCGCCGCCGCCCGCGCCCGCCCGCAGCCCCCGGACGCAGGACAGUGCCGGCCGCCCGGAUCGCAGAGGGAGCUGAACUCCUUCCUGUGGACUAUUCGGCGCGACCCCCCGGCCUACCUGUUUGGCACCAUCCACGUCCCCUAUACCCGUGUCUGGGACUUUAUCCCCGACAACUCCAAGGCGGCCUUCCAGGCCAGCGCUCGCGUCUACUUCGAGCUGGACCUGACCGACCCGUACACCAUCUCGGCGCUGGCCAGCUGCCAGCUGCUGCCGCACGGGGAAAACCUGCAGGACGUGCUGCCGCGGGACCUCUACUGGCGCCUGAAGCGCCACCUGGACUACGUGAAGCUGAUGAUGCCCUCGUGGAUGACGCCAGCGCAGCGGGGCAAGGGGCUCUACGCCGACUACCUGUUCAACGCCAUCGCGGGCAACUGGGAGCGCAAGAGGCCCGUGUGGGUGAUGCUCAUGGUGAACUCCCUCACGGAGACUGAUGUGCGCUCCCGGGGGGUGCCCGUGCUGGAUCUCUACCUGGCCCAGCAGGCCGAGAAGAUGAGGAAGAGCACCGGGGCCGUGGAGCGCGUGGAGGAGCAGUGCCACCCGCUGAAUGGGCUCAACUUCUCCCAGGUGCUGUUUGCCCUGAACCAGACCCUGCUGCAGCACGAGAGCGUGCGGGCGGGGAGCCUGCAGGCGCCCUACACCACGGAGGACCUCAUCAAGCACUACAACUGUGGGGAUCUCAACGCUGUCAUCUUCAACCACGACACAGCCCAGCUGCCCAGCUUCAUCAACACCACCCUCCCGCCGCACGAGCAGGUGACGGCCCAGGAGAUCGACAGCUACUUCCGCCACGAGCUCAUCUACAAGAGGAACGAGCGGAUGGGGAAGAGGGUCAUGGCGCUUCUGCAGGAGAACGAGGACAAGAUCUGCUUCUUCGCCUUCGGAGCAGGUCAUUUUCUGGGAAACAACACAGUCAUCGACGUCCUUCGGCAGGCAGGGCUGGAGGUGGAGCACACACCUGCGGGGCAGACCAUCCACAGCCCCGCCACCCGGAGCCCUGCACCCCCACCCGAGGGGACCUCGGCCAGCCCGGCCCCAGCCACCCCCGCCGCCGCCGCCGUCCCCACCGCGCCAUCGACGACCCCCACUGUCCCGCCCGAGGAGGAGGACCCGGCCCUGUCCCCACACCUCCUGCUCCCUGACAGCCUCAGCCAGCUGGAGGAGUUUGGGCGGCAGAAGAAGUGGCACAAGAGGCAGAACAAGCAGCAGCGGCCGCGGCAGUUCAAUGACCUGUGGGUCCGCCUCGAGGACAGCACUGCCGCGUCGCCGCCCCCGCCGCCCCCGCCGCCCACGCCCAGCACCCGCCCGGCCGGGCCCCCGCAGCCCUCGGAGCCGCUCCAGCCGCGGGAGGAGCCGGCGCCCACCAGCCGCUCAGCGCCCGGCCGCCUGCAGCGAGCCCCGGGCCUCCUCCGCGCAGUCCUGGCCGGCGUCGCCGCCCCCCUCCUGCUGCACAGCCUCGGGCCUUCCUGACCCGCCGCCGAGGAGCCCAGGAGCCCAGGAGCCGCAGGAGCCGCAGGGGACCGCAGGGGACCGCAGCCGCCCCCACUGGCCCCGCUGCCACCGCCGGGUGCCCGGCCCUCGCGGGCGGUCCAGGCGGGAUCCUUAGAACGGUAGAGCUUUACUGUACCCAGGUUACAUCUUCUUUUUUGUAGAAGGAUCUUAAUUUCCCAUAGUGCUAUGGGGCUCUUUUGUAAAAUACGUGUCCAUAUUAAAAAAGAAAAAUGUAUUUAUUCUACCGAUAAAACUAUUUUUAUGUGGCCUAUGUUAACCCUUUAAUUAGCCCCAACGCCAACCCAGGGAGUGAACCCAGGCUGCCAGGACGCCUGCAGCCUCAGGCAGACUGUGGCUUGGAGCUGGCUUGCUCCUAGACCAGCAGAAGCCUCCGUGUCUGGGUUUGGCUUCUCCCACCACGGGACCUCAGAGACAGGGGCAGGCAGACAGGCUUAGCUUUUGUGAAGCUGGAUCUGGGAGCCAGAGAUGUGAACGGACGAUCCUUCCUUCCCCUGGGUGCAUCCGAGGGCGGGAAGAUACUUUAGGAAAGAAUGCUGCUAUUUCGAAAACCCGGAGUGUCUGUGAACUGGCCCUCCAGAGCUCUUGGUAAGUGUUUGGACCAAAGUAUGGGGGUAGGGGGCGCGGCUGGUACUGAGGGAGGUCAUCCCCCAGCCCUCGGUGACAGAUGGUUAAGUUGAGAUCCAAAGAGAGGAAUGUGGUUGCCCAAGGUCAUGCAGCAAGUGGGAGACCCCGGGUGUGAAUCCAUGAAUCCAGACCCCUCUGUUCUGGCUUCAUUAAUCUUCUAUAAGCAUGGCUUAUCAAAGAGCUUGUUGAAGUCACGGCCAAACAGAGUGAGCUGGGCCAAAGGACAGGAGUGGGCACAGAAGGACAAUUUUAGGGACAGGGGCUCUAGGAGUCGCAUAGUAAUAAUCUUAAUGUAAGCCACCGCCAGUCCAAAGCCUGCAGCGUGGCAGGCACUUUGCACACUCACUUUAUCACUGAUCCUCAUGACGUUCUGUGAGAUGUGUCCCCAUUUCACAGAUGAGGAACUGAGCCCCCCACCCCAAAUAGAUAAAUGGACUUGUUCAAGGUUACCUAGCUGGGACGCGGCCCCAGGUCAGUGUGAUUCAGAAGCGAUGCUCGUCCCCUGGACCAUGUUUUCCCAUGUUCUCUCCACCUGGGAAGCUCCAGGGAGGCAGAUCUCACCCGAAUGGACCAGCACAGCCUCCUUGCUCCAGCCCAAGAGGCCACUGGGCCACAGUCCCUCAUGUUGGUCCCUAUGAACGAAGGGCUCAGCCAGCAGCCUGUGCCACAUAGUCCCACGCCCCAACUUGUCUAUCUCGGAGCCGAUGAGAGGCUUUCUUAUCAAAUCAGUGGCUGGCAGCUGGGGCAGCUGGGGAGGCAGAGCAGCCAAACGGAGGCAGGCAGGCAACUGAGACUCAGAGAGACUGACCCUACUCCUCCGCCUCCAAGGCCAUAGCUGAGAAAGCAGAGAGUCCCGGCUGGCUGCCUCCUGGCCCUAAAUCCUCACUGGCUGGCAGCUCAUCAGUCACAGAGUUUUGGAACCCAACAGUCAAAAGGGCCCCUCAUUUGACAGAUAAUGACAGUAAGAGAAAUAAUGAGGCCCAGAAAGGGGAGGCACCUCCCCAAGGCCACACAGCUGGGCAGGUCUGCUGACUCCCAGCCCAGUGCUCCACAGCAUCAGCACGCCGUGGGUUUCCCUGGCAGGCCUGGCACUGGCUGAUUGGACCCAAUGCCACUGUGCCCAGCCCAGCAGCUGUCUCCCUUCUGAGACAGAACUCUGAGCGGCUCUGGAUGGUCAGAGGUCCUGUGAGCAUCUUGGCCGGCAGCUAAAUUCUUUUCAUCACAGCCCUGGACGGACAUGUUUGAGCUUGAGACCUGGCAGGAGCCCUGAGAUCUGUUCAGAGGGUCCAGCCAGCCCCAUGGGCAUCACGUUGUAAACUGAACUUGACCCCCACCAGGGCUGGAGUCCGUUUAUCUUUGGCAGAGAUGUGACUUCCUAUUUCUGAGUGGGAAGGGGCUUAGCUGACUUAUAAAGCAGGCUCAGAAGGCCUGUUGGACAUCAAACAGAUCGUGUGGAGCACUCUGCGGAUGAGAUAAGUGUCGAGGAAUUAGAAGCGCACAGGCCAGAUUUCUCUCUGUUCGGGGCAGAGUGUGGCAUGAGAUGCACUCAGACCAAGCUGAGGUUAAUUAAAAUUGAAGCAUUUGGGUGAACAGCCCAGGUACCUGACUGCAUGCCCAGAUCUGUGCCAGGCACGGGGCCAGAGAGGUAAAGCAACAUGGUGUGUGCCUCUUGAGCACCCGCGGUGCCAGGCUCUGUGUUGAGGCCUCAUCCACGCACCAUUGCUGGCCGGGAGGAACUCCUCGUCAUCGAGGUGGAACAAGCAGCCCAAUCGCAGGUUCCUGGAAGGAACCUUAGAGGUUCUCCUACCCAGGCCCCUGACCACAGAUUCAGCCCUCGUCUUCCCCAGAUCCCUCCUCUGGAUAGACUGAGAGAUUCCAAAGUUCCCCUCCAGCAAGCGCUCAAGUGUUUAAAGAAAGAUGGAAGGCUGCAGGUGGCUGGGCCGGUUCAUCAGGUAGGCAUGUCCGAGGGGACGGCCUGAGCCAUGUGGAUCAGACAUCGGCAGCCUGGGUUCGGUGACCCCUACGGCCCCCUCACUGGCCGGGGCCGGAAACAACGGAGCUUGCUGGUUCACGUCCCAGAAGACCAGCGGCACGUCAGUGGAAACCUGCAGGGCCGGGGCGCUGAAUCCUCUCAUCCUGAGCCAGGGAACCACCACACCAUCCAUUCCCACUUACACCCUUUGGAUGAUCUCUCCACCACUGCUGACAUAUUUUCCAGCAUGUUCUAUAUGCCUGGCCUCAUAAAACGCCCCUGUGGCUCUGAGAGCAUCGUGUACUUUUCUUAGGGCUUUCAUGUUAGACCUUCAGGUGGCAGACAAGAUAGAAGGAUGAGACCCAGCAGGCUGAGUGACCUGCCUGAGGUUAGGCCUCAUGUUAGUGGUGGCCCUAGGUCUCCUGUCUCAGGAACACUGACCCAAUGACCCAGGGACAUUCUAGAAGCUGCCAAUAUGGUCACGUCCUUCUAGUCUUCCUCCAGGCUGUUCUGCAGCAGCAGAACAAGGUCCCCUCCAGCUGAGAUGCCAAGGUCCAGAGCCAAUGACGCGUGGAAACUUGCACUGACUGGCAAAUUUGCCUCGACGCCAAAUAACCAUGAGCUGGUUUUUCUCAUACGAAAUGCUCUGCUGUCUACUGCCUCGCCUCAGCUAGGCCUGGGCAAGCCCCAGGGCUCGGGACCCUGAUUCCACCUGCCCAGUCUCCAGCCUGGUGCCCUCAUCACAGUGGAUCCCAAAGAAUGGUCCUCCAUCGAAAGGAAAGUCUAUGCACACCACCAUGUAGGACAAGGGCAGUUCUGCCUGGAACUGCAGCCCUGAUGGCAUCCUGGGUGGAGAGAGCAGAGCUGGGGCUGCUGAUAGUGUUCCAGUGCCUGUGGGAUAAGAACAGAAGUCCUCAGACCCUCCGUGAUCGGGCCCUGCUGACUUUGCCAGCCCAUCUCCCAUCUCCCACUCUGUGCCUGACCAGACUAAAUCCUGUCAUUUCUAGAAUAGAUAGGAUGUUUCUACUCCCUGGACUUGGAAACUCCCUUCUCUUUCCCCAAGUCCUCAUUUUUUGAAGAUUAACUCAUAUAGCACUUCCUCCAGGGAGGCCCCUGUGAUUCUUUUUUUUUUUUUUUUUUUUUUUUUUUUGCUUCUUUAACAUCUAUCACAGCACCCACUGACCAGUGUUGGGACUGUAAUAGCAUAUCUUCCCUCCUAUCGGACCGUGAGGUCCUGGGUGGCAGGGGUCAUGUAAAUUCGUCUUCGUAUCCUCAUUUGAUACACUCAAUAGACGUGUAGAGAGGGAAGGAAGAAGAAAGAGCUGGAGAGCGGAAAGGAGAGACCAAGACCUUAGCUCUGCUAGUGGAAUACUCCCUGCAAAGCCAAAGCUGUCCCCUGCAGGUGGUGAGUUUCCUGUCGCAGGAGGUGUGAGCAGGGCAGUAGGCCCGCUGGCUGGAGAUGUGGUAUGAGAGCUGAAGUCUUGGCAGGGGACUGGUGUAGAUGACAUCGAGGGUCCCUCCUGGCUCCGUAAUGCUCAGGUUCUUUGAACAUUGUUAUUUUAACAAAAAUUCAUCUAUGCAGCCAAAAACAUCACCCGGGCUGGCUGUCUCAACAGUAGGGUUCAGGAAUCUCUCCAGCCUCACACCCCCGUUCUUCAACGGCCCAGCCAGGCCUGACGUCAGUUGGCAGGCUUGCCUGCUACCCUGAGGCAAGGGGGCCUCUGGGUGCUGGGGGAGGGCUGGAAUAGAACCCAGGGCCCCCGGCCCCAGCCCAGGACUCCUUCCCCCGUGCCCCUGACCUUGGGGGCCGGUAGGGAGGGGUCACGAGGACUGAUCAGCCCCCCUCCUGGCCCUUUCCGGGAGUAUCAGCAUACCCUCCGAUCUCCUCAUGCUGUUUCCAGCUGUUGGCUCCUCCUCUCCAGAGGCACUCUGGAUACUCCUUCACUUUGCUGGGUGACCUUGGGCAAGCCCCUGCUCCUUCCUGAGCCUCCACUUCCUCAUCUGUUAAAUGGAGACCUUGUUUCCUGCGUGAGCUGAGCUGGGGGCUGGAGGAAUGGCAUGUGCAAUCGCAGGGCUCUGUAGAGGUGAGGCACCACCCCUCUUCGGGCUCAGUGCUCGGCUUUCCUCCCAGGCCGGGAGACUUCCCCGGGGUUCGGAGCAUGUGGCAGACAGGGAAGGUGACAGACGGGCAAGCCUUCAAGGUUGCUCCAUCCCAGACCUGCUGCAGGGAAAGUGGGCUUUGGCAGAGCCCGAGUCUAGGACAUCGGUGAGGCCCUGUGGCAUCUUGGGCCCCAGUGGCCCAGGCAGCGGGGGCUGACCCUUGGCCAGGGGAGGUUCUAGGCCAGAGCAGGGGCAGCUGGAGCUCCUGCCCCAUUCCUGGGCCUCAAAGAGAUUGCAGAAGGUCCCCAGUUGACUCUCAUUAUGUGACACAAGCUUCAGAUCUUAAUGUAUUUGAAAGAUAUUGGUGACGUUGUUCGUUUAACCACCUCCUCCCUUCACCUCUGUGAAUUAUCAGGAAGAGUCCUUUAAGAAUAUAGAAGACAAAGAAAGAUGCUAUUAAUGUUAUUUUGCCAAAAAUAUUUUUGUAGCAUAAUAUAUUAAUAAAAGACAUUAUGAAUUCCA